GAACUCAAUGCCUUGGUUGCAUGAAAGAGUAUCACACUGCGGCCAAGCUCAAGACUCACUUGCUGAGAUCGGAGGAGCUCAUCGAUGUGCAGAUCGGCAACACCCUGAACGCACCCUGCAAGGGCAAAGUCCGGGCCCAACACACGGAGGGUGCAACGGAUCAAUCUUGUACAUGA